AUGGCCUCUUCCUCGUCUUCCGGCACGGCCGGCGGCGCCGGCGGCAGGGUCGUGUUGUCCGAGGAGGGAGCGGCGGCAAUGGCGGAGUGCAUCGGCCUGCUGUUCGGGAGGUGGACGGCACUGCAGCUGGCGGUGCAGAACCGGUGGGGCGGCCUCGACUCGCAGGCCAAGGCCGACCGGCUCGUCUCCUCCGUCCUCUCCUGGUUCACCCGCGCCGCCGCCAGAGGCACUGGCCCACUCGACCAGGACGAGCUGGAGGGAUUGCUGUACGACGCCAUGGACGAGUCCUUCAACGCCGACAUUGAGGAUGGGAGCGUCGAGGAGGUUACUAAGCAUCUGAUGAUUAUGUACACAUGCUGUCUGCGACAGAACUAUUCAUACAUCGAUGAGCUUAGGAAGAUACUGCUUGCUGGCAGCGCCAUUACCCAGAGCAAAGAGGUGUUAAGAGGUUACGAGAGUAGCAGCGAUGAGAUCUCACGCUCAGAGGAAGAUGAUGAUGAUGAGUAA